AUGGCUCCACAGGACACCACCUAUCUGUGUCUCGCAGUUUUCCUGGGACAGACAAUUUGGGCACAAAAAGAAUUUCCCAUUCCUACCAUAUCUGCUGCCACAAGUCCUGUGGUUCCCUGGAAUGGGUCUGUGAGGAUCCUCUGCCAGGGAAUUCCUGAAGCCUUCCUAUACCAGUUAUCUCUGAUGAAAAACUCUACACACACAGUUAUAGAGAAGAAACUUGGAUUUCAGAAAGAGGCCGAAUUCAUCAUCAACCACAUGAAUACAACCACAGCAGGUUGUUACCAGUGUCGGUACAGGAACAAGGACCACUGGUCACAGCAUAGCAAACCCCUGGAGCUGGUAGUGACAGGCUUAUACAACGAACCUGUCCUCUCCACAGAUCAAAGCCGUGUGCUGAUAGCCGGAGAAAGCAUUUCCUUCCAGUGUAGUUCAGCACAUGACCUGUUUAACAGAUUUUCACUGGUCAAGGAGGGAGAUGCUUCUUUGCCACAGCACCAACAUAAAGGGUACCAAGGAAUCUUCACUCUUGGUCCUGUGAACCCUAACUUCUCUGGGAACUACAGGUGCUACUGCUGGCACAACAGCAGUCCCUACGUGUGGUCAGCCCCUAGCAAAGCCCUGGAGCUCAUUGUUUCCCUUAUGUCUCUAGACUCCACGAAGCAAGGUUACAUGAUGGAGAAUUCAGUCCGGAUGAGUAUGGCAGGGCUGGUGCUUGUGGUCCUCUUGGUGAUACUAGCUGAAGACUGGAACAGCCACAGGAUAUCACACAAGGAAGACUGUCAGGAACUGACUGCACCAAGAUGGAGCAGACAGAGCAAGAUAGAGGAAGCUAUCAAGAGAGCAAAAUUCAAGAAGGUCUCAGGAAUGGAUGGCAUCACAGUGGAGGAGCUGGAGGCAGCUACAAUAGACUCAGGAGCCAGGCUGAGCCACUGGACUCAGUCCACACACAGGUCAGCAUUGGUCUUGCCAGUGGUAUGCUGCCGAUACUCACUGCCCUGCUCUGCCUGGGUGAGUCCUUCAGGAAAGGGGGAUGGAACCAGAGCAGGAGUCAGGGAGACAUUGUAUCAUUAUUGUUGUUUUCUAGGGCUAUGUCUGAGCCAGAGGAUCAACGCAGAGAAACAGAGUCUUCCGAAACCUAUCAUCUGGGCCAAACCCAGUACCAGGGUCACAAAUGGAAAUGCUGUGACCAUCUGGUGCAAGGGACAUCAGACUGCUACCCAUUAUCAACUGUACUUUGAAGGAAGCUUUUCAGCCUUGGAAAGACCUAAGCCAAGUAGAUCAAUCAAUAUAGUCAACUUCACCAUUCCACAAAUGACCUCACAUACUGCAGGGAAAUACACCUGCUGCUAUCAGAGUGGGGAGCGCCAAUCAAAGAGCAGCAAAGGCCUGAAUCUAAUAGUUACCGGUCUGUAUGACACGCCCAACCUCUGGGUUCAUCCAGGACCUGAAGUAACCUUGGGAGAGAAUGUGACCUUCUUCUGUCAUCUGGAGACUGGGACAAGCAAAUUCUUUCUGCUCAAGGAGGGAAGAUCCAACCAUGUCCAGCACAGAGUUGGGAACAUCAAAGCAGAGUUCUCCAUGGGCCCUAUGACCAGAGCCCACAGAGGGACAUACAGAUGUUUUGGCUCUUACAAUGACCAUGUGUGGUCUUUCCCCAGUAAACCUGUGACACUACUCAUCCCAGGAGAUGUUGAUAACACCACCCUUGCACCCACAGACCCUACUUCUUCUCUUGAUUAUUGGGAGUACAACUUUUCAGCCGAAGAAGAAUCAGGAUUACAGAAGGACUUUGCCUUCUGGGAUCAUACAGCCCAAAAUCUCAUUCGGAUUGGUCUGGCAUGCAUAGUCCUGAUGACUCUAGUAUGGCUUUUGGUUGAAGACUGGCUCAGCAGGAAGAGGGAUAAAGAGGGGACCAACAGAUCACCAAGUCGGGAAUACAAGAGAAGAUGGAGAGUACAGCAUUCCCUUGAAGGGGAACAAAGGAAUGCAAUUUCUGUGUGGGAACUGAAGGCAACUCCUGGACCUGGGGCCAUAUGAGCUCUAUGCUGCCCCCUGGAGGAAGGAAGGCAUCAUUGCAGGAAUGAAGGGGUAGUGUCACCCAGUCUGGCAAAACAUCCUAAAAGGGCAUGGUGAGAUGAAAUGUCUUUCUAUUAUAGACAAAUUCUCUGUCUCUGUUAAACUUUAAGUUUAAAGUUUAUUUACUGCAAGCUAUACUUUUAAACACUCUGGUCUUUCCUAGAAAAAAACUACCUUCAAAAAAAAAAAAAAACAUGUUGGCCAUGGGAAUAUUUUCUUACUACUUUUGUCUUUAGCAUUUUUUCUAAUUUUAUUUAUUUAUUUUUACAUGUAUGGGUAUAUUUGUGCAUGUAUGCUUGUGCACCAUGUAUGUAGCUAGUGUCAGAUCCCCAAGGACUCAAGUUACAGAUGUCUGUGAGCUGCCCUGUGGGUGCCAGGAAUAAAACACAAGUCCUCUGGAAGAGCAACAAGUGUCCUGAACAACCAAGCUGUUGCAGCGUAUUUGUUUACACUGUGUAAAGAUGUUUCACUGUAAUCGGUUUUAAAAGAGCUCAAUAGCCAAUAGCUAGGCAGGAGAGAAUAGGUGGGACUUCUGGACAAAGAGAAAAGUCUGAGAUGGAUCUCUGUGCAUAAGAAACACCAGGAAGACAUGGAACAAAUCAGACAUACAGAAUGGAAGAGAGGUAAAAGCCACCUGUCAAAGCAUAGAUUAGUAAAAGCAGGAUAAUUUAAGUUAUAAGAGCUAAUUGGAAAAAAAGCCUAAGGUAAGGCAAAGCUUUCAUAAUUAAUAAUAAGUCUCCAUGUUGUUAUUUGUUAACUAGCAAUCCAAAGAAAGACUGGCUAUACUGAGCCUUAUCUCCAGCUCCAUCCUCAAUUCAACUUUUGUAUUGUGUGUCCAUGUGUGAGGUACAUGUGUGCACACAUAUGUCAUGUCACUCAUAUGAGGUCAGAGGACACCUUUGUGCAGUUUUCU